GAUUCCGGCCAGUCUGCAGAAUGGAGAUAAUCAGAAGUAAUUUUAAGAGUAAUCUUCCCAAAGUGUACCAGGCCAUAGAGGAAGCUGACUUCUUCGCCAUCGAUGGGGAGUUCUCAGGAAUCAGUGAUGGACCUUCAGUUACCACAUUAACAAAUGGUUUUGAUACUCCAGAGGAAAGGUAUCAGAAGCUCAAAAAGCAUUCCAUGGAUUUCUUGCUGUUUCAAUUUGGCCUGUGUACUUUUAAGUACGACCACACAGAUUCAAAGUAUAUAACGAAGUCAUUUAACUUUUACGUUUUCCCGAAACCUUUCAAUAGAUCCUCACCAGAUGUCAAAUUUGUUUGUCAGAGCUCCAGCAUUGACUUCCUAGCAAGCCAAGGAUUUGAUUUCAAUAAGGUUUUCCACAACGGAAUUCCAUACUUAAAUCAGGAAGAAGAGAAACAGCUGAGAGGGCAGUUUGGUGAGAAACGUUUGCAGUCUAACGGUGCCGGAGCGCUGUCCUGUGCAUCUCCUAACACUUGUGAGUGCCCUGUGAUGAUUCCUGAGGAUCAGAAGAAGCUGAUUGACCAAGUGGUAGAGAAAAUCGAAGAUUUGUUACAAAGUGAAGAAAACAAGAACUUGAAUUUAGAGCCAUGCACCGGCUUCCAAAGGAAACUGAUUUAUCAGACUCUGAGCUGGAAGUAUCCCAAGGGCAUUCACGUUGAGACUUUAGAAACUGAAAAGAAAGAACGGUACAUAGCUAUCAGCAAGGUUGAUGAAGAAGAACGUAAAAGAAGAGAGCAGCAGAAACACGCUAAAGAACAGGAGGGACUGAACGACGCAGUGGGAUUUUCUAGAGUCAUUCAUGCCAUUGCUAAUUCGGGGAAGCUGGUCAUUGGACACAAUAUGCUCUUGGAUGUCAUGCACACGGUCCAUCAGUUCUACUGCCCGCUGCCCACGGACUUAAAUGAGUUUAAGGAGAUGACAACGUGUGUCUUCCCCAGACUCUUGGAUACCAAACUGAUGGCCAGUACACAGCCUUUUAAGGAUAUCAUUAACAAUACCUCCCUUGCGGAAUUGGAAAAGCGGUUAAAAGAGACACCUUUCAACCCUCCUAAAGUUGAGAGUGCAGAAGGGUUCCCAAGUUAUGACACAGCUUCUGAACAGCUUCACGAAGCAGGCUAUGACGCUUACAUCACAGGACUGUGUUUCAUCUCCAUGGCAAACUACCUAGGUUCUUUUCUCAGUCCUCCAAAACUCCACGUGUCUGCCAGAUCCAAACUCAUUGAACCUUUUUUUAACAAGUUAUUUCUUAUGAGGAUCAUGGAUAUCCCGUAUCUAAAUCUGGAAGGACCAGACUUGCAGCCUCAGCGUGAAAAUGUUCUCCACGUGACCUUCCCCAAGGAGUGGAAAACCAGCGAUCUUUACCAGCUUUUCAGUGCCUUUGGUAACAUUCAGAUCUCCUGGAUCGAUGACACAUCAGCAUUUGUCUCUCUUGGCCAGCCUGACCAAGUACAGAUUGCCGUCAAUACCAGCAGAUAUGCAGAGAGCUAUCGGAUCCAGACCUAUGCUGAAUAUGUGGGGAAAAAACACGAAGAGAAACAAAUCAAGAGGAAGUGGACAGACGAUAGUUGGAAGGAGGUUGAGAGAAAGCGGUUGAACACUCAAUGUAUAUCGUAUGCACUUCAAAAUCACUAUCACCACCACAACAGUUUUUCAGCCACCAGCACAGUAGGAAAGAGAAAUGUGAGCCCCAGUCUAGAAGAAGCUGGUUUGGAGGACACAGCAUCGGGGGAGAUUUCUGACGCUGAACUUGAGAAGAUAGAUUCCUGUGUAGAAACCGUCUCAGAAGGAAGGAAAAAGUCCAAGAAAUUAAAAAGGAUGAAGAAAGAGCUUUCUCCAGCAGGUCAGCAUUGGGUCGUCUUAAAAUUCUGA